GCUUCAACAUUCCUUUCCCAUUCCCUUCUCAAGUUUCCACCAGGCAGCAGCAACUGUGCCUGUGCAGGUGUAAACAGACACCUGCAAGCCCUUAGAGCUAUACCCACCAUGCAGCCAGGACAGUUUCUCCUUAUACAGUAAGGAUCUACUGUCUGCCCCACCAACGUUUGCUAUUCCAGUUGGAGAUGCUCAACCUAGUGAAUGGCCAUGACCAACUUUAACGUCAACUGAAAAUUCACAGACUUUGGUUGUACACCCAGAAACAACAUCUGGCUGUGUUGACUGUGUUUACAUCAUCCACACUGGUUCUGCAGAAGAUAUCAAUUCACCAUGGUAGAGUACUAUGAGGCCCUGGGCCUUCCCCGGAAUGCUUCCUUAGAUGACAUUAAAAAAGCAUACAGGAAGAAAGCUCUCAGGUGGCAUCCAGAUAAAAACCCAGACAACAAGCAAUACGCAGAACAGAAAUUCAAAGAGAUCGCAGAAGCAUACGAAGUACUUUCAGAUAAAGGCAAGCGGGAUGUUUAUGACCGCUAUGGUAAGGAUGGACUUAUGGGAAAAGGUAGGCCUGGGGCAUCAUCUAAAGCCAACAUGGGCCCCGAAUUUAUGUUCCACUUCCGCAGUGCUCAUGAUGUCUUCAGGGACUUCUUUGGGGGAUAUGACCCUUUCUUUGGAGAACCUAUGCCCUUUGGUGCUUGUUGCAGUGGUGGAAAAGGGUUCAGCUUCUACUCUUCAUCAACGAACUUUGUCAAUGGCAAACAAAUCACCACCAACAGAAUUGUUGAGGAUGGACAGGAGCGAGUGGAAGUUGAAGAAGAUGGAGAGCUUAAAUCUGUUCUUGUUAAUGGUGUACCUACUGAUACAACCUGCAUUCAGGAAGCAAGAAGGCAUUGUGUCCGGGGAGAACCCACCAGGCACAGGUCUGCACCUCAAGUUAUUUACCAUGAUGAAUACGAUUCUGAUCCCAUCUACGAGGUACGUACUGCAAGGCAUGUGUUCCCCGUCAGAAUGACCAAGUGCUUCAGAGUAGGGGAAGAGUCCCCAGUGGAGGACAACACAGACAGCGAGUCUCACCUAGAUGAUGGGUUCCAAACUGAGGAUGACGAAUCCCAUAUUUAUGAGUUCUAACACCAUGCUGCAUACGGACAAAAUCCCAUAUAUUGGUGGCAAGUCAGGAGGAGAGUUUGACCGUAUGAAUACAAUGAAGAGGCUGAUGAGAAGUAAUCAGGCAAUAAAUACGAAAUGGACCCCGGGUGAAAUUAGGCAUGUUGGUCUGGAAGAGGUUGCCAGUGAAGAAGAAUGUCACACUACAAGAAGAAGCAAAGGGGUGGAAGACCAAACGAUGAAUGAAAUGAACAGAUGACUCUCUCCCUUGAAAAGGAAAACAAAAAAUGAAAA